GGUCAAAAAGAAUAUCUUAAAGGCGAACUCAAAAAGAAAGGGUUUUUAGGGUUUAAGGAUUCUUCAGUUUUCCACGCUUUGACGAAGGAACCAUGUGGGCAGUUCGUCGAGCGUCUUCUUCCUUCAAGAAACAAGUAUUUAUAACCGGAGGCUCUCGAAUAUGUUAUUCCACUUCAGAUAUUACAAGUCUCUGCCUGAAAGGACACAAUGAUGGGCUUAAAGGGGAUUCCAAUGUAAUAUCACAUAGAGCUCUUACACUUGGAGGAUACCAAAUAAAAUCUCAUGGUUUUCUAAGAGUAUUCAAGGAAAGUCGAAGUUUUUCUUCACAAGCUGGCACAAAGAGCAGUGGAGAGGAAGAUAGUAAUUCAGACGAUGGAUUUUCAGAGCUUGAAUCUUCUAGUGCAACUGAGGCAAUACAAGAAGUCAACAAAGUUGACGAGUCAGUCUCUGAGCAUGAGAUUUCCGAUGAGGAUCUCGAUGGUGAAGAUGUGGAAGCACCUCAGGAAUUAUUGUCUGAUACCGAGGCUGAGAUUAACAAACGGAAGUCUCCAAGGAACGGAGUUUCUUCAGCAUUAUUCAAUGCUGUCAUGGCAGCACCAGCUUUACCUGUUUGUAAAAUCAUGGAUAAAUGGGUUGAAGGAAAUAACGUCACACGGGUAGAAGUAGCAUCAGCGAUGCUUAAUUUUCGUAGAAGGCGCAUGUACGGGAAGGCACUGCAGCUCUCUGAGUGGUUGGAGUCAAGCAAUCAGCUCACUUUUAUUGACAGAGACUAUGCUUCUCGUGUUGAUUUAAUUGCCAAAGUCCGUGGUCUGAAGAAGGCAGAAGAUUAUAUUGGGACUAUACCAGAGUCUUUCAGAAAUGAAGUUAUUUAUCGCACUUUAUUGGCCAAUUGUGUUGCUGAAGGUGAUUUGAAGAAAUCUGAGCAGAUUUUUAACAAAAUGAAGGACCUUGAAUUCCCAUUAACAUGCUUUUCUUACAAUCAGUUGCUCCUUCUAUAUAAGAAGACUGAUAAGAAGAAGAUCGCCGAUGUUCUCUUGUUAAUGGAGAAGGAAAAUGUGAAGCCAACCCAUUUUACAUACAGACUAUUGAUAGAUGUCAAGGGGCAAUUCAACGACAUAUCUGGAAUGGAGCAAAUUGUUGAGACCAUGAAGGCUGAAGGACUAGAACCUGAUCUCACCACGAAGAGCAUCUUGGUGAAGCAUUAUAUCUCGGGUGGUUUGAAUGAGAAGGCCGAGAAUGUACUAAAAGAGAUGGAAGGAGGAGAUAAAAAAGCAACUCGCUGGGCAUGUCGUAGUUUGCUUCCUCAUUAUGCAGCUCUUGGAAGGGCCAACGAAGUUGCUAGAAUUUGGCAAGUUUGUGAGUCUAAUCCUCGUCUUGAAGAAUGUGUGGCUGCUAUAGAUGCUUGGGGAAAACUGCAUAAUAUUAAGGAGGCGGAGGCAAUCUUUGAAAAGAUGGCAGCAAAAUGGCCAACACUGUCAUCGAAGCAUUAUUCUGUUUUAUUGAACAUUUAUGCAAAUCAUAAGAUGCUGUCAAAAGGAAAGGACCUUGUGAAGCGUAUGGCUGACAGUGGUUGCCAUAUUGGACCAGUGACUUGGGAUGCCUUAGUCAGACUUUAUAUUGAAGCUGGAGAAGUGGAAAAAGCGGAUUCAAUAUUACAUAAAGCUGGAGAGCAGAAUCGGUUGAGGCCAAUGAUUAAUUCUUAUUUGAUGAUUAUGGACCAAUAUGCAAAGAAAGGUGAUGUUCAUAAUACUGAGAAAAUGUUUCACAGAAUGAGACAAGCUGGAUAUGUUUCCCGAGCUACUCAGUACCAAUACCUUAUUCGUGCGUAUAUAAAUGCCAAAGCUCCUUGUUAUGGUAUUGCUGAUAGAAUGAAGGCGGAUAAUAUAUUCCCGAAUAAAGGAUUGACAAACAUGUUGGCUCAGGUGGAUGCAUUCAAGAAGAAUGCUGUGUCUGAUUUGUUGGAUUGAUUGAUGUGAUAUAACCUACUUUUCUUGUGAUGGAGGAUCUUGCAUUCCUCUACUUAUACAGCAGUCAAGUCAGUUGUAGGAUGAACACUACUUUUUUUUGCUUCCUUUUCUUUAACUUAGGUUAUCAUGUUUGCUUAAACCUUCCUUUUUGUUUUUGACUUUAUUAGCAAAUAAUUCUGUUGGACGAAUUUAUUGACAUUGUUUAAUUUGAAGCCUAAAUUGAAGUUGAAGUGUCAAAAAAAG